GAGUUCUCAACACGCCACAGACAGAUAUUUAUCUGCUUUUCGCGAACACAAACUUUCAAUCCUCUUCAAUUCGCACAAAAUGAAGCUCCCGAUUGUGCUCCUUUUGUGCCUAACGGCCGGUUUCGCUUCAGAACUGGAUGAGCGCAACCGCGACCUGGAAGUCACCCUCAACCGGCUGACCGACUUGGUGCUGCCAGGCUUAAAUCGGGUGAUCCGGCGGGCCGGUUUGGACCCUAUUCCCCUCCCCGAUCAGUCGGUCACCGUCCGCGUUGGGUUACUCUCGUACACUUCCCAGCUCACAGAGGGCAGCCUGAGCAAGCUGGCCACUCUGAGUCGGUUCAACGAUGUUCGUCUGAUCCUCGAGCGCGAACAGCGCCGAAUUGUCGUCGAUUUCAACAUCGGAUGGCCCGACUUGGAGCUGAACUUCGACUAUAACACACGCACCCCGUUGGUGAGCCUCCAAGGAGGAGUGAUCACCAACGUGGAGAACCUCCAAGUGCGCUUCCGGUUGGCGUUUAACUUGAGGACGCAGCAGUUUGAGGUGGAUGAUCUGGAUUUCAGCGACACUGGGAAAAUCCUGCUGACUUUCACGGGAAAUGAUGCAUUCGAUCAUCUGGCGGACGCCAUGACCAACUCGUUCACCAACCUUUUCCACGGCCUCAUUCUGGAGACUGUGAGGAAAGUGGCUUUGGAGCCGGUCCAGGCUGUAGUGGACAGCAUUAACCAAGCAAUUGACAAUGUUUUACGCCCCGAGAGGCUCUAGAUGGAAAGGUCGUAAUAAACUAAAGAGUUUUUAA